AUGGGCCUCGAGGGAAACUCCAGCUUCUCUUUGAACAACCCUGAUCCCAGCGAUCCGCUCUUUCAUGUUUGCUGGGGCCGACAGUUGUGUUCAAGCUGUCUUAUUGAUGACGUUUCCUGCAGCUGGUGUGCUAUAUCCUCAACCUGUGUUCCAAACCCGUCGCGGUUUCCAAUAUUUGCGCCUUUCGGCUCGGCAACAAUAUGCCCCCUUGGCUCCAAGAAGAGAUGGGAGCUGAGAGCUCCGCCAUUUGGGUGUCACGCUAGUACCCUGACUGUUAUGUCAGUAACAGGCGCUGUGCUUGCGACAGUGGCGUUGGGCGCGGUAGGGGUUGGGUUGGUUUGGCUUAUACGCUGGACCCGGUGGCGUCGCAAGGGAGCAAAGCAUGGACAGUCCGACGAGGAAGAGGAGGGGCCAUCUAGGUGGCGAGAUUGGAAUUCAGGAUUUGCAUUAUCUGCUGGUCUCUUUUCUCACUGGAGGCGGAUAGAGUGUGUAACUGAAGAGUGUGUAACUGAAAUCGAGGAGAGGGAAGGAGAGGAGACAAGACCACUGUUGUAG